GAGCUGUCGCAGAUGAUCCGGUGAUCGACAUUGAUCAGCUCGCGCGCUUCUUCUCCGGGCGCAAAGACCGAGCCAUGUCAUGAUCCCACUAUGAGGUGCAUCAACUGCUCACACGAGGUCGCCGCACACCCUCCUUCUCGCUGCAUCCCUGACGCCCGCCCGCCGAUGCAGGUCAGCCAGCUAUACGAAUCGUUCGGCAAGGGUCAUGUCGUCCUCUCGCCUUGCCCAAUAUGCAGCAUGUUUGCCGACGUGUAUACCGAAGUCGGCGAGGGCUGCUUGCUCAUGCUCGACCUGCUCCUCAUGAAGAAAACGGCAAUGCGUCAUCUGCUCUUCAAUCACACUGAGCUGCGCGCGCUUCAGCCUCAAGCCCCUCGACUGUCUCUGACUGCUCGGCUUGCGAUCGCCCUCAUCUCGCUCAAUGGAUAUGUCAGAUGGGCUCGACAAGUCGACAGUCUUGCGCUAUCUCAGGGCGAGGGAGCCCUGUACACGCCAAUAUUGCUUCGAGAGCUCGCUGUGGCAAUACUAGUAGAGGCCCGAGACACUGCACUCCUGCAUGCCACCAUGACGACAUUCGUACGAGCUUUCCUCCAGAUCCGGGGGCGCAAAGUCUCGUAUUUCGACUACCGACUCGUCCCGCUGACUCUCUUGCUGUCUUCUCUGACAUCUCUGUUCGGCUUGAUGGCCAUGGCGCUCUUCCGUGGCGCUUACAGCAAGUUAUCUGACCGCGCUGUGGCGACGACAGCAGCACACGCGCCCGAAUUCAUGCAGAUCUGGCACGCGGUCCAAUCUGGCUCGCUGCUGGCACUGAAGGACGAAGUACUCCGAUGGAUGCAAGCUGGUCUGCCCGUCACUUCUGUGCAGGAUGGGCUAGCGUUACUCUCCGCGAUCGUCGGUCUAUCGAGUAAGCGCGCUCACACUCUCAAAGGCUGCGAUGGCUGAGACUAAAGCCUCGGAUCUAGUGUUGACGAACGCUUCAAUGCUCACGAGUGGGACGUUGUACUGCUCUGGGUGGGCAUUCACCACACUGCUCCUCACGCAACUCGACACGAGCAGAUUGUCAACAUGGAUAGGAUUGUGACAG